AUGCCCUUAACGAAGCCCUCCGGCUCCGGCUCUGUGCCACCUUCAUCGCAAAGGCUCAGGUCUGUCCCGGCCGGAGUUGUUGAGUUGAACGAUAUUUUCGAUGGGAAGCUCUCCCGUGACCGCAUAGUCAACGCUGUGGGCCUCGUCUCGGACGUACAGUCUCCCAUCAAGACCAAGGGCACAGACUACAAGAUGACCCUUACUCUCUUUGAUGCGUCUUGUCAACACAACGGGAGAGUCAAGUUUGUCAUAUUUCGCCCUUCUGAGGAAGAGAUGCCUCAGAUCGACAAUGCAAACGAUGUGGUUCUCAUCGUCGCUGCCAAAGUCCAACACUACAACGGCGAGUACUCCCUGAUUUGCAACCGCAGGACGGGCAUUUUCGUGUACUCUGGGCCUCGCAUCCCCAAGCCGCCCAACUCUGCCGAGCCCGCCCUCAUCACCAGCGGCAACAAGCAGCCUUCCAGGGAACCCACUGUAGACGAGCACAACUAUGUCUCUCGCCUCCUUCACCGCAUUGAUCCAUCGUACAUUCCCCUCCAGCACAGUCUCGAAGAGGCAAAGUCCAGGUCAAGGAACAUCAAGUCCAAGUUCAGCACCUUGGCCGAUGUGCGUGACAUGACCUUCUGUGAUCUCAUCGUCCAGGUCGUCAGGGAGCCCUACCUCUAUGGAGAUAAAGCGACCCUUUGGGUGACAGAUUACACCGAGAAUCCUGCCUUCUACAGCUUCUCCUACAAGGGGGGCGAGCUCCUGGAGCGGGACGGUGACGAGUACGGCUAUCUAGGUCACUUCUCCGUCGGCACCAAAAAGGAAUGGACCGGCCCCUAUGGCCAGAGGUCUAUGCAGGUCACCUGCUUUGACUCCCACGCCAGCACAGUCGAUCAGUCUGUGAAGGAGGGAAGCUGGCUCUCGCUGAGAAACGUCCACAUCAAGUUCGGCAAGAAUGGCAACAACCUCGAAGGGUUCCUGCGCGGCGACGAGAACGCAUAUGAGCAAAAGAUUCAAGUGACAGUACUGAGAUCGGAGGGAGACGCGGAAAACGUCAGCCCGCUGCUCAAGGACGCCGUACGCAGGAAACUCGAGUACGAGGUCACCAAGAAAGCACAGGUCCGCGCAUUGAAAGAAGAAUGCCAGGGCCAGGGCAGGAAGCGAAAGGCAGAGAACGAGCAGCCCACAAAGAAGGAAAAUGCGAAAUCACGCAGAAAAAAAGAACGGGAUGCCAAAUUCGCAGCCAAAGCCUGUACCACCAAGCCAAAGGAGCAGGAGACGGAAGAAACAGAGAGCCAAGAACCGCAGAUCGACCUCAAUGCCCACGUGAGAUGUGAGCACCACAAGCAACGGGCGUCACUCCUCUCCAGCGUCCUGAAACCCGUGUACCACGAGACCACGCUGGACGGCCAGGAGCACAAGCUCCGGCUCCCCUUCAUCAACGCAAACUACCGAGCGCACGUCCGCGUCGUCGACUUCCUCCCGGACAGGCUGGAGAACUUUGCGGUCGGGCGCGUCCCGACCGAGUUCGACAUGCUCUCCGACUGGGAGGGCGACUCCUCGUCCUCGGGCGGCUCGGACACGGAGGGCAGCCGCCGCCGGUCCCGCUCCAGGAGGAUCUGGGAGUGGCGCUUCGCCCUGCGGCUGCAGGACGCGGCCCCAGUACCGGAUGGCGACGACGGGCCACGGCCCGCCUCGCUGUGGGUCGUCGUCGACAACAGCGCGGCGCAGCUGCUCACGGGCCUCGACGCCAGCAACCUCCGCUACGACGAGCGGACCCUGGCGGCCCUGCGCGAGAAGAUGUUCACGCUGUGGGGCGACCUCGAGGAGAAGAAGGCCGGGGCCCGCCAGAGGCAGGAGGCGGCCAGGAAGCGCAACGUCCUGCUGAGGCCGCCGCCCGUCGACGCGUCCUCGGACGUCGAGGCGUCGCCGCAAAGGAAAGCCAAGGAGAUGGAGAAGGGCGGCCAGCCCGACGAAGAGGAGGGAGAAGAUGACGACGCGGCGGUGCGCCCGAUGAGCUCGCAGGCGCGGAAUAAGGCGUUUACAUGCUGCAUCCAGCAGUACGGGGUCAAGGUCAAGGCCGAGAGUGAGCAGGAGGCGAAUGUCGGCGACGGGAAGCACAAGUGGGAGAGGGUGUUUGGUCUGUUUGGUACCAAGAUCGCGGGUUAA